GGCAGGGGCAGAAGAUGGCCAAGAAGAGAAAGCCCCCCAACAUCAAGGGUGAUCCAAGGACAUUUGAUCCAGAUUUCAAAGGACCUGUUGUCAACAGGAGUUGUACAGACGUUCUGUGCUUCAUAAUCUUCAUACUGUUCAUUAUUGGCUACAUUAUUUUAGGACUUAUAGCCUGGGUACAUGGCGACCCCAGGAGAGUGGCUUACCCUACAGACAGCCAGGGCCACUUUUGUGGCCAGAAGGGCACCCCCAAUGAGAACAAGAGCAUUUUGUUUUAUUUUAACCUCUUCAGCUGUACUAGUCCCUCUGUGAUGGUAAACCUACAGUGCCCUACUACCCAGAUCUGUGUAUCCAAGUGCCCAGAAAAAUUUUUAACCUAUGUAGAAACGCAGUUUCCAUCCAAAAAAGACAAAAACUCUUGGACAUACUAUAGCCAGUUCUGCAAGUCACCUUUUCCUAAGCCUGACAGGUCUCUCUCACAAAUUUUAAUGGAUGAUGAUUGUCCAGCAGCGAUUUUUCCAAGCAAACCUUUUCUCCAGAGAUGUUUCCCUGACUUCUCUACUGAAAAUGGCACUUUAACGGUAGGAAAUAAGACAAUGUUCGAAGAUGGGAAGGGAAAGACAAGAAAUGCUGUAGAACUCAGGGAAGCUGCAAAUCAUAUCAAUAAAAUCCUUGAUGCAAAGUCACUUGGAAUGAGACUGUUUGAAGACUAUGCAACAACUUGGUAUUGGAUUCUCAUGGGCCUGAUAAUCGCCAUGCUCCUCAGUUGGAUUUUUCUGAUACUCCUGAGGUUCACAGCUGGAUUCCUCUUCUGGGUCUUUAUGUCGGGUGUGAUCGGAGUUAUAGGUUAUGGAAUAUGGCACUGUUACAAGGAAUACAACAGUCUUCGGGGACACCAAAAUUCUCACUUGACUAUAUAUGACAUCGGGAUUCAGACUGAUAUAAGCAUGUACUUGCAACUAAGACAAACAUGGUUGACAUUUAUGAUCAUCCUCUGCAUCCUUGAAGCGCUUGUCAUCCUAACGCUGAUCUUCCUUAGGAACCGAAUCCGCAUCUCCAUUGCCCUGCUGAAGGAAGGGAGCAAAGCCAUCAGAUAUGUUCCUGCUACAUUAAUUUAUCCAGUUUUAACUUUCAUUUUCCUCUCAAUCUGCAUUUGCUACUGGGCCGUGAUAGCAGUUUACUUGGCUACAUCAGGAGUACCCAUAUAUAAAAUCAUAGCCCCAGCAGGGCAAUGUAAACAUGAAAAUAAAACCUGUGACCCAGAGAUUUUUAAUACAACUGAAAUUUCCAAAGCUUGCCCUGGGGCUCAGUGUAUCUUUGCUUUCUAUGGUGGAAAGAGCAUGUACCAUCAAUACAUCCCUACCUUGCAGAUAUUCAAUCUAUUUGUCUUUCUCUGGCUUAUAAACUUUGUCUUUGCAUUGGGUCAGUGUACCCUUGCUGGUGCCUUUGCUUCUUAUUACUGGGCCUUGAAAAAACCUGAAGAUAUCCCACCAUAUCCACUUUAUACUGCAUUUGGACGAGCCAUACGAUAUCACACAGGAUCCCUAGCAUUUGGAUCUUUAAUUCUUGCAUUAAUUCAAAUGUUUAGAAUAGUCCUAGAAUACUUGGACAAACGUUUGAAAGAUUCCCAGAACAACAUCUCUAAAUUUCUACAAUGCUGCCUGAAAUGCUGUUUCUGGUGUUUGGAAAAAGCAGUAAAGUUUUUGAACAGAAAUGCCUAUGUUAUGAUUGCAAUAUAUGGCAAAAACUUCUGCAGAUCAGCAAGAGAUGCUUUCAAUCUGCUGAUAAGAAAUGUUUUAAAAGUUGCAGUUAUGGAUAAAGUUACAGACUUUGUACUAAUCCUGGGGAAGAUGCUAGUUACUGGGUGUAUAGGUGUCCUGGCCUUUUUACUCUUCACAGAAAGACUCCCAAUACUUAUAGAAGGACCAUCUUUAAAUUACUACUGGGUACCUUUGCUGACAGUCGUUAUUGGAUCUUACCUAGUUGCACAUGGGUUCUUCAGCGUCUAUGCAAUGUGUAUUGAUACACUUUUCAUCUGCUUCUGUGAAGAUCUGGAAAGAAAUGAUGGAUCUACAGAAAAACCCUACUUCAUAGCCCCUACCCUGCACGGAAUUCUGAACAAGAAGCAACUAGUUCCCCAGAAGCAGAAAGAGUAGAAAAGCUCCAAACAGUGCCAUUCAUUUUUUAGUAGAAAUUUUAUAAAUUAGGUCAUUUGUAAUUUGAAAACGGUGCUUUUGAGUAAUGUGAAUUUUCUGUGCUUAUUACUAAAAAGCCAGAACCUGGUACCAUCUGAGGUGUCAGGCAUUUGAUAACAGUAACUUCUGUGACCUAGGAUACUUCACAGACUGACUGUGGUCCCAGCUGAAGAGCAAAGUGUAAACAUCAAACAUUUGUGUAAAGUCUAUAGCCAAAAGUGUUUUAAAAACUUUUAUAACUCAGCAUGCUGUUUUCACAUUACAGCACUCUGAUAGCCUUUUUUUUUUAUACAUGUAUAUUUGUAAAGGAUAUUCAGGCAAUUUUUGAAAGUGCUAUAAAUGUAUAAUCAAUUAGCCAUACAAAGAUUGAUUUAUAGUUAACCCGCAUAUGAUACUAAAUUUGUAAAUAUGGUGCUAUGGUUAUAUUUAUACUGUUCAAGCUAGUGGACAACUCUCUAAACUGUGAUUAAACCUGUAUUAAUGGUUCCCUAGGAAGUAUAUUUCAGUAAGUGAUUCAAGUCCAUAACAUAUAGAUGUUAAUGUUAUACAGGUUCCAUAGAGAACAUUACUGGGUGAAAAUUACUGUGGAACCUUCAUAGCCCAUUUAUUUUAGUAAAAUUAUAUUUAUAGUGAAUUUGAAUCUGAGUUCUCGAAUGUCAUUUUCAAUGAUAUGGACCUCUGGCCACCAUGAAAAUAUUCUAAAGAAAACUAAAAUGGCUCAUAACUCAUGCCUUUGGUCUCUAAUCCAAAUGGAGGCAGAUUCCUAUUUUCCUAUUCCCACCACAUAGAAAAUUGGAAUGGUUUUGUUUCAGAAGAGUGAUUAUAUCUUUUCAUCAGCAUACAUGGUUUUCUAGAUUAAAGAGAUUGUGUGGCUUUGUUUUACAAAAAGUUUCAUUUUAGCCCAACUUUCAGGGAGGGACAAGAAAAGAUAAGACAUUUCUGACUUUACUUUAAGGAAAUAUACUAUGAGCCCUCCAUGGGUAACUUAUCUGGCACCUUUACAAGGGGCAUACUGUCGGUUAGGAAAUCUAUCACUCGAGGCUUUAGGAAGACUAUUCUUGCUGUAUUCCAGCCCUGCUGGCCCCAGCAACAAGCUGGUUUCUGGAGCCAUGCCUACGUCUUUUGCAUGGCGGAGCAAAGCAUGAACUUUUCCUACUCAUCCCCUGUGUGCAAGUGCAUAUGAUAUGGCUGACAGUGUAAAAAUGUACCCCAAAAGGAGCAUUGAAUCAAGUAGUAUCCUUUUGGCUUUUACACUAAGCUUAUAUGUAGGGAUUAUUUAUGUGUUGACAGAAAAGAACAUGUUGAUCUAACAUUUUCUGAAUAUGAUCCAUGUGUCCAAGAAGAGAGUCAGAAAUGUAUCAUAGUGUUACAAAUUAAUAUAAGUACCAAUUUAUUUAAUGAUCCUAAAGUGUGGAAACCUAGAUCUAGACUGACUCCAUGGCAGCUUAAUCACAAGAAGCCAACAAAUAAGGAAGAUUUUUGAAAUGUGGAUCCUUAACAAUGGCCAACAUCUUGUUCUUGGCUUACUUUCUUGAGAUUAUUGUAGUCAAAAGUGUGAACUGGCUUCACAUCUUGACAAAGGGCCUUCUUCACACUUAUUCUCUUUGAAGAAUAAUUCAGAGAAGAAUGAUAACCUAUCUUUCUAGAUGGUUAUUUUAUUAUUCAGCGAUACAGGGGUUACAACAAAGAUCUAGUAGAAUAGUUACCUCUGUCUAAAGUGUUAAAAAAUUAUAAGGAAUAAGUCCCCUUUGGGAGUAGUUGGAAAAGUUCAUAAUGAUGAAACAAAACAAUUUUUAAUUUUUUUGUAUGUGUCAGAAUCACUCUGAGAACUUGUUAUAAAUAUCGGUGCUUAUGCCCAACCCCGAGAUUCUGACACUGUGUUUGGGUGUGGGGUAGCUUGUCAAUUAUUAUGGAGUUAUUUAGUUGAUUCUGAUACACAUAAAAGUUGAAAAUCAUUUGAAUGAAAUGUAAUCGACACGUGAGAAACUAGUUGCCUAUUUUCUCAUAUUCUUGGAUGUACUUAGAGUUAGAAAAUUGAAAAAGACAGAAGAGAUUAAUUUGGAGACUUCUAACAAUUGUAACUUCUGUAUUUUAGAUUGUUGGUAAUAGAUGAGGCCCAUGUAUUAAAUGUUUGACAUUAUAUUUGCCAAUUAGACCAGAAAAUUCUCUAGAGCAAAAGUUUUCAAUGAACUAUAUGCAAGUACAUUCUAAACUUGGCUAUAUUUUAAAGAUAUAAGC